GCGGAAGAGUUUUUCCGGCUAUCGUUUGUGCUUAUCUCUUCACAAACACAGGCCCACCGCCCAAUCCAUCCUACUUGCUCCGUAUCCAUCUCCUGAUCCCGCGAGUUCCCGUCCUACUUGCUGCAGCCGUCUCCACUCUAACCCUAACUGUUUCUGAGAGAAAAGAAAAAGAACUCUCCAUCCCUAGUGGCCUAGUGUGAGCCAGCCAAGCCAGCCGAGCACAGCUCCGGCGACUGAUGUUUCAGGACCCCGUUCCGUUCUGCUGCAGGUUCCCUGAUAUCGGCGGCCACUGCCAGCAGCCGACUUGGUUCUUGGUCCCUUCACUUCCGGCGGAAUCCGUUGCGGACCACCUCGCCCAGCUGCUCGCGACGGCGGCUGAUACCCUGAGUUGAGUGAGCGGCGGUGGCGUCCGAGAAUCGAUCUGAACCAACACAGUUUAUCAGGGAGGGAGGAGUGAGUUGGGGGAGAAUGCCUGAUAUCCAGCUAGGAUGCCACACUAUACAGUCCCAUGGCACCAAAGUGGCAAGAUUACACAUGUAUGACUGGAUUAUACUUUUAUGUCUUGCUGUAUUUGAUGGACUGUUAAACUUAAUCGAGCCCUUUCACCGCUUUGUUGGACGCGACAUGAUGACCGACUUGAGUUAUCCCCUCAAGGGCAACACAAUCCCAUUUUGGGCUGUUCCUCUGAUUGCCAUAGUGCUACCUUGGUUCAUCUUUGGUGUCAUUUACUUCAAAAAGAAAAAUGUCUAUGAUUUACACCAUGGCAUACUAGGGAUCUUAUACUCAGUGCUUAUAACUGCUGUGAUCACUGAUGCAAUUAAGGAUGGUGUUGGCCGCCCUCGCCCAGAUUUCUUUUGGCGUUGUUUUCCUGAUGGCAAACCUAAUUAUGAUAAUAUCACCACCGAUGUGAUUUGCCAUGGAGAAAAGAGUGUCAUCAAGGAAGGUCAUAAGAGCUUCCCAAGUGGGCAUUCUUCAUGGUCUUUUGCCGGUCUAGGUUUUCUUGCGUGGUACUUGGCUGGAAAACUUAAAGCUUUUGAUCGCAAAGGUCACAUUGCAAAACUAUGCUUAGUUUUUCUGCCUCUACUUGUCGCGUCACUUGUGGCGGUUUCUCGAGUUGAUGAUUACUGGCAUCACUGGCAAGAUGUUUUUGCAGGCGGCAUCUUAGGUCUUACAGUUGCUUCAUUCUGUUACCUGCAGUUCUUCCCGUUUCCCUUUGACAAUGAUGCUCUAUGGCCACACGCAUACUUCCAACAGCUAGCUGAGACACACAGCAAUGGUAAUGCAAACUCAAUCAACAUAAGACCUACAGAGUCUGAAGAUGAACAAGAAGACCAUGGUGGCAUUGCCCUUAGGGAUACCAGCCCUAUCUUGGAGUCAAUGGAGUCUGGCCGGAGACUAUGAAGAAGCAUGCCACUGUGAGUUUGUCCAAGGUGCAAAUUCUUCCAUUCCUUCAAAUUCUGGAAGCACAAUGAGUUGUGGUUUCACCAUGUAGCUGUCCAAUGUAAAGAGUAUGGAGGUAUAUCUACCGCCUUCUGAUGAUUUGAUGAUCCACAGUUUCUUGUAACUGCCCAGCAGGCCUUAAUACCAUGGAAUAACAUGUGUUGUGGUUAGCUGUAAAUGACAGUGAAUGUUUAUGUUUCCAGUGACAAUGUGAAUAGUUGGUUUUGCACUGCUGUGGUAUGGAAAGUUUGUUUCAAGGUUCCCUUUGGUGGUAA